AUGUCUGUGGUUUUGAGAUUUGUAGACAAGCACGGUUGUGUUCAAGAAAGAUUUUUUGAUCUUAUAAAUGUUUUUGAUACAUGUUCUUUGACAUUGAAAACAGAAAUUUCAUCAGUUCUUUCUCGUCAUAAUCUUGAUGUCCAAAAUCUUAGGAGACAAGGAUACGAUGGAGCUAGUAAUAUGCGUGGUGAAUGGAAUGGAUUGCAAGCUCUAUUUUUGAAAGAUUGCCCUUUUACUUAUUACAUUCAUUGUCUUACUCAUCGAUUACAAUUAGCACUUGUUUCUGCAGCCAAAGAAGUUUGUUAUGUUCAUCAAUUCUUUUCAAAACUUACACUAAUUGUGAAUGUUGUGACUGAUUCUCCUAAAUGUCAUGAUCAGUUAAGGGUUGCUCAAGCAAAUAAUGUUGCAAACUUAAUUUUCAAUGAUCAAAUUGUGACAGGUAGUGGACUUAAUCAAAUUGGUACUUUGCAAAGAGGUAAAGAUACUAGAUGGGAGUUUCAUUUGAAUUAUAUACGUAGCUUGUUAUGCAUGUUUGAUGCUACUUGUGAAGUUCUUGAAAAAAGCACCGAAGAAGGUAAUUUCUCCACUUGUGGUGAUGCUAGUGCUGCUUAUGAUGCUAUCACAUCUUUUGAAUUUGUCUUUGUUUUGCAUUUGAUGAGAAAUAUUUUGGAAGUUAGUCAUAAUCUUUAUCAAGCUUUGCAACGAAAAAAUCAAGACAUAUUGAAUGCUUUAACUCUGGUUUCUACUACGAAGACUUUAAUCCAAAGAAUGAAAGAAUCAAGUUGGGAGGCUUUCGUAAAAAAAGUUAUAUUAUUUUGUGAGAAACAUGAAGUUGAAGUUCCUGAUAUGAAUGCAUUGCAUAUUCCUAGAAGAGGCCGGACUCGCAAAAUUGUUGAUCAAAUUUCAGUAGAGCAUCAUUACCGUGUUAAUUUAUUUCUGGCUGUAAUUGAUACACAAUUACAAGAGUUUAAUGGAAGAUUCAAUGACAAUAUGGUGAAAUUACUUACUUUAAGUUCAACUUUAGAUCCCAGAGAUAAUUAUAAGUUCUUCAGUGUCAACAAAGUAUGUGAAUUAGUAGAACGAUUUUAUCCAGGUGACUUCAGUGACCAAGAAAAAUUUCACAUUAGAAUGCAAGCUCAACAUUAUGAACUUGAUGUUCCUAAUCAUGUUGAAUUAACUAACUUGUGCACAAUUUCGGAGCUAUGUCAAGGAUUAACGAAGACAGGAAAGUCUUUAACAUAUCAUUUGAUUGAUCGUUUGAUUCGCUUGGUAUUAACUCUCCCUGUUUCAACUGCUACAACUGAGAGAUUUUUUUCAGCUAUGAAUAUUGUGAAGAAUAGACUCAGAAACAAAAUGGAAGAUGAAUUACUUGCUAAUUGUCUUUUAAUUUACAUUAAGAAGAAGAUUGCUGAAAGAUUUGACACAGAUUAUAUUAUCGAUGAAUUUUAUGAUAUGAAGAAUCGAUGUGUACCAGUUCGUUAG